CCAGGAGAUGAAUAAGAAAAAUAGAAACCGAUAGGAUAUUUGUGAUAGAUAGUAUAGUAAAGGGUAUCACACAAAAAAGAAAAAGAAGAAGAAACCAUUCAAUUCAACAACAAAAAUGGCUGUUGUUGCCAAACUGACUCUUAUUUCCUUCCAAACUUCAUUUCUUCCUAAAUCACCAUCCUUUUCUCACAUCAUUUCCUCUCCUAAAACAAUUCCUCUUGCUCCCUAUGGAAUUCGUGCUCAAUUGGGUGGUCGAGAUGAAGAAAGCAAAAACGGAGGAAAAAAGAAAUUCAUAACUAGAGAACAAGAACCACAACAAUAUUGGCAAACAGCAGGAGAGAGAGAAGGAGAGAAUCCAAUGAAGACACCUCUUCCUUACAUUAUCAUAUUUGGUAUGUCAACUCCUUUUGUAAUCUUGGCCAUUGCUUUUGCAAAUGGUUGGAUUAAGGUACCCAUUAGAUGAUAUCAGACCAUACAUAACAAACACUUCAUUGUGUUGUUUGCACAUUCACCAAUUUUAAUUUAAGCACUUAAAUACUGGUAGUUCUCAAAUUUGAGUAAAUAAUGUAUUUACUUUUUCACAUAUGUAUGUAUUGUACCAACAUUAUGUUAUCGUUCUUUCUAAUGAAUGAGAAAGCUAUUUCAUACUAGCAGUUUGAUGGCUGCAAACUUUUA